GAAUAAAUUGUGAAGGCGACGAGUGAAUGUCCAAACCUCUCUUCUCGUCGGCAUCGGUCUCUGACGAAGCAACAGACUUCAUUCAUUCCACAGAAACCCUAGCUAUGUUUCGCUCUGGGAAUGGAAGGGACGGCUUUUGAACGAGUGAGAAGCCCAGAAAUAUAAUUUUGAUUGCAAUGGACACUAUUAAACAUGAGAAAGUAAGGAGAUUUGAGGAGUUUGUUGAUCGCCGUCUGAAACCAGAUCUUGUUCAUGCAAUUGCUGAACGGGACAAGGUCUUUGAACAGCAAAAGAUUUUCUCAGAUUUAAGAAGCAAUAUAGAGAAUUUGGAGAAAAACAGUGUAACUAAUAUGAGGACGCUGGUUAAUCUUGGCUCUGAAGUAUAUAUACAAGCUGAUGUGCCAGAUACAACGCGCAUAUUUGUCGAUGUCGGACUUGGAUUUCAUGUAGAGUUCACUUGGUCGGAAGCUCUAAAGUAUAUAUCAGCAAGGGAGGAGAAAUUAGCCGGGCAAAUAGAGGAAUAUACACGUCUAAUUGCAUCAAUUAAGGCCCAGAUCAAGAUGGUUCAUGAAGGGAUACGUGAGCUGCUCCAGCUUCCGGCAGAGCCAGCUUACUAAGGUGUACAUGUUAUAAAUUGGUUAAGGAGAGGGGAUUUACAGAGAAGGACCACCAAAAAGUGAAAAAUGAAGUCUAAGCUAAUUCUCUAUCCAUCAAAAUGGUGGAUGUGCAAAUGUUCUAUAAAGGACUUCUCUAUCUGUUCCUUUAAAAAAGAUCAUCUGUGGAAGAGGAGGGGUGAUUGAUUAAAAUUUCCAUCAGUUUUUUUAGAAGUUUUGGAUACUGCAUUAGGUAUCAGAACGACUGGAAUUGGAACCAUACAACCUAUUUGACUAAUAUAUUUGAGGUCAAUGCUAAUGCCUAACUGUGUGUCUCUAUGAAGGUUUUAUAUUGUUGAGAUACAAUAACAUGGACAUUUUCAAUUUGCA